GCCAACUUUAAUGAAAUCAUAAUUAAAAGUGAGCUAAUUAAUUAGUAGCAACAAUUUGAAAAUGAAUGUGAAACAUAAGCAAGCGAGUAAAAAUCAAUGGAUUUGCAAAGCGUAAGUGAUAAAUAUCUAACGGUGUUUAAAGCAAAGCGAAAUAGAUUGUGCAAUACAUACACGAAUGAAGAAUUGAUUGAAAAUUUUACUAAAGAAAUUUUGUGUGAAGAAUUUCGGGAAUAUUCGUGUAGUUUACUGAAUGAAUGAAAUUCCAAAUGAACGACAGCGUGUCGAAGUAAAAAUCGUUAAAGGCGAAAUUGUGCCAAACGAAGCCAAGGCUGCCGAAGUCGGAGUAAGGCAAAUAGGCUGACGGCAAACUGGCUGUUAGACAGACCGUUAGCCAGUCAACAAGCUAGUAAAGUAACGCGCAUCCUUUUCGGGCAAUGAAUUUUCAGCAACACGCUGACGUCGACGAGUCAAAGCGGAUGUGAAAAUUUCGCAUCCGCCAACUGCGGUGGGCAGCGGUGCGUCUUACGAGUGUCAGUGUUUGUUGUACGUUGUGGAAACGGGCGCUACUUUUACGCCCCAAAUCCGUUAGAUAAACGUGACCAAACGUCAAAUUGUUGGCUGCCAACAGAAAAUAGUGUUAUACAAAUAACGCACUGUAUGAAAAACAGAACGUAAAAAAGUGUAAUAUAAAUUCGCGUGCGUAAGGAAAAAAAUUUACUAAAGAUUUGCACGCGCUACAAAGAAAUCGCAUGCAGAGUGAGCUGCCCUGGAGGCACGAUAUCGAACUUUGGCUGCCGAAAAUAACUAAGUGUUGAACUCAAAUUAUUUUUGACCAAAAGUAUGCCUCUGUGUGUAUAUAGCACGUCCUUUAGGCAAAUCUGAGUGUAGACAAAAAAAAAACGUAUUCCGGUGGUCUGAGGAUUCGUUAAUUGCGUUGAAACAUGAAAUUCGCACGUUGAUACAUGAACGGGCCCAACGGACUCACGGACAGCACAUUGCGACACGCCACAUGCGGAUUUUUUUUUUUUUUUAAUACACGCGCAAAGCACGUCCUUUCACUCACGAAACUUUUUGAGAUUAAUCAAUUUCAGAAAACAUUUACCAGCCGAAAAUAUAGUAAAAACGUAGGCGCUGCUUCUAUAAAGCAACAAAAAUAUAAGAAUAAAAAAAAUGUGAAAAGAAAGAAAUACUUAUGAAUUAAUAAAAAAUUAAAUAGAAAUGUAAAUGUGAAAUGAAAAUUAAAUGUGUGAAAAUCAUGUCGAACGCACAUAAAAACUGACGAAUUUCGAGUAUUGUGAAGAAGCGCUGAACGCCAGACUGGCAACUGAACCCAAACACACUCUUAUACAUACAUACACAUAUCACAGACACACAUCAAUCACAUAUGCUAUUUAUUACAGACAUAACAUUCAAACAAAAACCCUAAAGGAAAAAUAGAAAAUAUCGAAAAAGUAAAAAAUAAAAUAAAAAGCGGUUUGAAAAGCAACGACAAGGACACGCGAGCGUUUUGUUAAUUAAAAAGUUGAACACGUGUGAAAAGCAAAUACAAAUAUACAAAUACUCAAAAGCUACGUGAAACAUAUAAUUACAAGGCAAUCCUUUCGCGUGAAGGAUAGAAAAAAAUAUUAAAAUAAUUAAAAAAUAAAGAAAAUAAAAUGAAAAUAAACAAAGAAAAGUGUAAAGCAAAACCAAGAGCAAACCACGCGUGAAUCAUUAACUUUGAUUUUUUACGUACACCUUCUCAUACAGGGUUUUCGCUGAAAAGAAUUCUUCAGGCGGUAAACCAGCAGCUCUAGCGUGAAUUGCGUGCAGGACAUUUUUUGUUUUUUUUUUUUUUUUUGAGUGGAAAAAUAUUAAUAAUUAAUUAAUACCAAAGCAAAAUCAGACAGAAUAUUUGACUUAUUGUCGCAAAAAGGCACGCAAACGAAAGCAACAACAACCAAAAUAAUAAAAAGAAAGUGAAAAAGUAUAAACAAUGCUCUACAUAUCCUGCAUAUCCUUGUAAAGGCUAGCAAGUAAACCCUAAAAAAUAUAUAUUGUGCGUGUGUGAUCUACGUGACUAACACUAACACCAAAAGAAGAAUUCAUGUCACGCUAACACAAACAACAACACGAACAAGUGAAAAAAGGAAAACUAAAUAUCCUUUCCAUGAAGAGACAAAAUUCGCAUUCAUGUGUACGUACAAUAGUUUAAGCACACAUAUCUACCAACAACAACGACAUAUCUACUAUCAUCUGUAACAGCUGAGGCAUCAGCAGCAACAGCAAAUAUGCAAAAUCAACAAGAAAAACAACGCGAUACUGCCCAUCGCUCCGGUCAGCGUAGACACACCACGUCACAGCACCGUCAGCAUCAACCAAUGACAUGCCGCAAGCCAUACCGGCGUAUCAAAUUUCCUGCCACAGCUCGCCGCACGCCACCGCUAUACCUCUGGCCACUGCUCUUCUGCACUCUCCUGCUCACUGACCAGCCACUUGCGUCGCUAGCCACUCGCUUCAACCGACAGAGCACAGCGCACAUUUCAUACGGCGCCGGAAGUAGCGGCAAUAGUCUGCCCUCGCCACACUUUCCACCACUCGACGCCAACACAGUGUAUGCAGGCAGUUCCAACGUUGGUGCUGGCAAGCACCAAGCCAACAUGAACAAUGAUGUCUAUUCGGUGGCCGAUAGUCAAGCUAUGACCGAUGAUUAUAUGGCCCAAUAUGGCAAGCCACCUGCUUCGCCUGCGCCACCACCACCGCUACCGGCACUACCGCCGUAUCUGACGCACACGCAUGGACUUGGCGCCGACAACACACUGGUUAUACACCAACAGCAGCAGCUGAGCAGCUGUCAGACGGUGUGCGCGUGCAAGUGGAAGGGCGGCAAGCAAACGGUUGAAUGUAUCGAUCGCCAGCUCAUACAAAUACCGGAGAAUAUCGAUCCGUCGACGCAGGUGCUCGACAUGUCGGGAAAUAAGCUACAGACGUUGUCCAAUGAGAAGUUUAUACGCGCGAAUUUGCUGAAUUUGCAGAAAUUGUAUUUGCGCAGUUGUAAAAUUGGCGAGAUCGAACCGGAGACAUUUAAGGGACUGACUAACCUCGUCGAACUAGAUUUGUCACAUAAUCUAUUGGUUGUGGUGCCUUCGUUGGCGCUCAGUUAUAUCUCCUCGCUGCGUGAGCUGACACUCGCUUCCAACCACAUACACAAGAUCGAAUCGAACUCGUUCGCUAGUACGCCUGCGUUACACAAGCUGGAUCUGUCACACUGUGACAUACAGUCUAUAGCACCGCUAGCUUUCGAGGGCUUGGAAAGUCUCACAUUGCUACGGCUCAAUGGCAACAAACUGGGCGUAUUACAACCGCGCACAAUUGAAACGUUGAGUAAACUACAUGGUAUUGAGCUGCACGACAAUCCUUGGCUUUGCGACUGUCGCAUGCGCGACGCGAAACUUUGGCUGACGCAGAAGAACAUACCAUAUCCUGUGGCGCCUUUGUGUGCUGGUGGACCUGACCGUGUUAUUGAUCACACAUUCUCUGACCUGCAGGUGGAGGACUUUGCCUGCCGACCGGAAAUGUUGCCCAUCAGUCACUAUGUCGAGGCGACAAUGGGCGAGAAUGCUUCAGUGGUUUGUCGCGCCAAAGCCAUACCAGCAGCUGUCAUUAAUUGGUAUUGGAAUGGCCGACUACUGGCGAAUAAUAGCGCUUUCAGUUCCUAUCAGCGCGUGCAUAUCUACGAGAACGGACACUUCGAGAAAUUUUCACGUUUGGUGCUCACAAACGCACAGGAGACAGACUCCAGCGAGUUCUACUGUGUAGCGGAGAACCGUGCGGGCACAGCAGAGGCCAAUUUCACGCUACAUGUGAGUAUGCGCGCCGCUGGCAUGGCAUCGCUGGGCAGUGGACAAAUUGUAGGCCUCAGCGCUGCACUGGUUACGUUAAUCGCAUGUAUUUUGCUGGCGGUGAUGUUUCUAUUCAUGCGUGUCAAACGCCAGCCCUACACCGAAAGCAAAACCCCAAACCACAUGGAAGUUGUGACGAGCGUAAACCAUCAAAACUCUAUAACGAACAAAACUCAACCCAUAACGGGAAAUGGCAGCAUAGGUGGCGUCGUUAUAGCUAACGGUGCCAUACCUAAUUGCAUUGAUGGCACGAAUACUUUGGAGCGGAAGAGUAGCGCGGCAAUGGCGGCGAACGAGGCGGGUUUCGCAAAUCCUGUGCAGAAACCACCACGCCUUACCGACCUGCCCUAUUCAGCCACUGGUUACGACAACAACGGUAGCGUUUUAUCAACUGCGCCGUGCUUCCUCUCCCCUACGGCAUCGGCAGGCAAUAAUCCAGAUCUCAUUAAUGAUACAAAACGUUUUGGCAGCGAUGAGUUUGCUGAUCUGAAAAUACCAGCCAUACUGACGGCGAAUCUAGGCACCGAACUGGGCAAUUCAAGUGGCGAAUAUAGUCGCGCAGGUGGUUGUGACUCGCUCUACCCCUCAGGGCUGUGGGAGCAUACGCCAGCAGGCACCUCCUCCGCAGACGAUCUCUUCAUGAAGCGUUAUACAGAUAAAACACCCAUCAUCGAGUCGAAUCAGCUUUACGACCUACAUGAACGCACCGUUGACUAUUUCAGUAAGACAUUCCCACGUACACACUAUAACAAUCUGCAGCUCGCUGGGAGCAGUUCAAAUGGCAAUAGCAGUAACGGUGUUGGCGUCAAUAACAUGAUGCACAAUCCUUCCACGUCAUCGGCGGCGAUGCUACACAACUCGAACAGUGGCAUGGGCGGCACACAUUCGACAGCCUCCACAACCACCACCAAUCUUUCGGGUUCCAGCGUUGGGGUCAGCGGCGGUGGCUAUCCCAAUGACUACGGCCUGCCGUUGGUGCCUGGGGCAGAACACCAACACAAUCAUCAUCUGCAAAUGCAUCCAUUACAACAACUGCAGCAGCAUAUGACAGCGGCAGCGGCGAGUCAGCAUGGCAGCGGUAGCAGUAGCAACCACAGCAUUCCACACUUUAGUAGUCGUACACUGCCACGCCUACAUGAGCAUAACGGCAGCGGCAGCAGUGGCAGCAGCAGCGGCGCUGGACUCAGUAGUUCGAGAUCUUCACCAACCCCAGCGACGGUGGCGACUGCAGUGACGCAAAACGGCACAGGUCAGGCUCACACAUCGAUAUUGCCGAACGGACAGCCGGUGAAUGCAAAGACAAUACGCGUGUGGCAGAAGGGCGGCGUGCCAGUGUUGCCACCGGUGACGGCGCUAAAGCGAGCGCUGACGAGCAACAGUCGCAACUCGCCGGAUGAAGGUUACCAAGAAGGCUGCGGCACUGAUGUGUAAAACGAGCGCAAGAGAGCAUGGACUGCGGCGUUACUGGCUACUUUGUAGGCGUAUAUGAGACUUGUAACUGAUAAGUUGAGUGUAGCGAAAACACAAAUUUGUAUUUUUUUAUUUGAGAAUUGUACAUAAGUUCGUUUAGAUUUAUAACCUGUAAUCUUUUCUGUAAAGUUUUUUUUAUAGUUUAACUUGUAAAUUUUAUUUAAUUUUAUAUAAUAUUAUUAACUUCAAAGUUUAACAUCUUAUUCUGAGAACCAUUUGGGUGAACCGAAUGAGCGUUGAUCAAGCAUGCAUUUAGGCGCGAAAGUUCGGACAGCAAUGCAACCCUAAGCGAGAGUUCACAGAAUGAGGCUAAUAAUUUAAAAAACUUCUUCAAUUAAAAUUUUUGUAAAAGUUUAUUUUAUUAAAAAAAAAAAUCUUCGUGCACCAAUACUUAUACGAUCGACUGCGUGUGGGAGGAAUGAUGACGAAAUGAAUAUAGAUUUUUGUACUGAGCAGCUACGCUCCAAACUCAGCCUACUGGGUAAAUGUGUGUGUGUGACGGAGCGUAGAUUUGCAUAACUACUGCUGCUUUUGCAACUGUGCAAGUGGCGUAUAAAACAUGAAUGUGAUAGUGUUUGAGUAAUUCAUAACUAAAGAUAAUAAUUGGAAAAUGUGUAAAAAAUAGUAUGUUUCGUCAAAGCAUAGGCAUACAUAGAACUACAUAAGUCACAAAGUAAAUGAAGAAUUUCGAAUGCAUAACUACAAGUAUACUUUUAGGCUUAAUGCAUGUACAUAUAUAGUAUAAAAGAAAGAUAUGAUAAGUAUGAGAAAUUCACGUAAUUAAAAAUUAAGUUAAAUUUAAAAAUAAAAUCAAUAAUGAAAAAA